AUGAGAGAAUCCAAUUACAAAUCCAUCGUAGGUAACCGAGCGGCGGUCUGCAUCACAACCUCGCUCUACGAUCGGCGCGCGCUCGACUGCACAUCCGACCGGCCGCUUGUCAACUCGCUCAACCACCUCACGUUUCUCGCGUCGUCUAGCGCCAAGGUGCGCGAAACUCUCGCGAACGACGGGGGGCUCGAGCGCUUGAUCGACAUUCUCCACGAGUGCCGCGGUCAGAGCACGUGCCAAAACCCCCAACCCGCCCAGGGCAGCCUCCUUGUGGCCUGGAAAUGGACCCUUGCUUUCCAGUGCCUCGUGCUCGUGGGCACCCGCGGGACCGAACGCAUCAGAAAGCGCGUGGUGGAAGCGGGAAUGAUCCCCAUAAUCGCCACAGUGCUUGACAACUACCUCUUGCAGCAUGCGCCGCCAGCCAUCCAUACCCCGGGGGAGCGCGUGCUCGUGGCUCCCCGCGAUCUUACCAGCGCCCCUGCCACGGCUACCGUGUCGAUGAACCUCACUAACCUCAACAUAUCCAACCCCGUACCCGAGCCGGCGGACUUUCUGCCAGACAGGCUCGUCAACACCCGCGGGAGACCGGACCAGCCGGUGCAACAGCAGUUGCAUCCCCAGAGCGUGCGAGCCUCCAACUCGGCCGACGAGAUCGAAACGAUUCUCCUCAUGAUGAACGACGACUCGCCCAGAGACCACUCGCAGCGCAUUGCUGCGCUCAUCGAAGACGAAAUCAACCAGGGCCGCACCGACUUUUCCCAGAUGCAGCUGCCGCGCGUCUUUGAGAACGGGGUCUUGAUUCCACGCGAUGACGAUGUCGUGUGGUCGCUCCAGCUUCUCGCGUUCAUCUCCAAGUACGCGUACCUCAAGCAAGACUUGCAAGAGACGUACAUUAAGCGGGGGAUGUCGCUCAGGGACGGCCCUACCCACACAUCCGUGUGCGUUCCGGGCCUAGAAAACGAUGACAUGGAAAAUGACAGUGACUCGGUGAUGGACGAUCUUACGCAGAGCCAGACUCAGAUGACCGGCCACCUCCAGUCCCAGCUGAUUGAGUCAAGCGACUGCUCCUCCAAGUUGGAAAAGGCCGUCUGUUUCCGCAAGAUCCGCAGCACCGUCACGAAGAAGAUGCAGUUUGAGCAGAUGCUCACGCGCUUCUCGUGUGUGCAAAAGGGCUUGUGCGACAAGCGCAAGCUCUCCGCAAAGUGGGACUAUGACACGUAUGACCUUGUAUCGGACGAGGACAUGGACCAUUCGUUGGACGCAUUGGAGAAGGUGAACAUCUUCCAACUCGUGGAGAAGUACUCGGUUAAGCUGGUCAACACCCAGGACAUGUGCUACUGGUCCGGGGUUGUGAUGCGCAACUCGUGCCGCAAGGACGAUGCGCGCGGCGGCGUCCGCCAAUGCGCGUACUUCGACUGCGGCAAGUGGGAGGAGUUUCCCAGACAGUUUGCCAAGUGCAGACGGUGCAAGCGCACCAAGUAUUGCUCGAAAGACUGCCAGUUGAAGGCGUGGAAUUACCACCGCCACUGGUGCGUGCAGAGCCACCAAAGUUCCGGAACCCAGAGUCUG